AUGCUCCUUGGGGCAGAUGUUUAUGGUCAGAUUUUGCUUGAAGGUCUGAUCAAGAAUUCACCCAGUUCAUUAAUUGCGCAAAAUACACAGCUGGGUUGGAUUCUAUCGGGUCCAAUUCAAUCCAGAUCGAGCUCCAGCACUAUUAGGUGCAAUCAUAUUCAUCAAAAUGAUGAAUACGAACUUAUGAAGAAGUUUUGGGAGCUUGAAUCGGAUCAAUUUGCCUCUGAUGAAUCACUUCUUACAGAGGAGGAAAUUAAAUGUGAGAGUAUAUACACAUCAACUACUAGAAGAGAUAGUUCUGGCCGCAAUAUAGUUAAUUUACCAUUUCAAACCGAUGAUCCAAGUUGCAAAUAUGGUAAUUCAAAAGCUAUUGCAAUAAAACAAUUUAAUCGGCUUGAGAAUAGGUUAUUAAAAAAUCCCAAACUUAAGGCUGAGUAUGCUUCAGUCAUAGAAGAAUAUAAAAGUUUAGGUCACGUGAAAACUGUGCCAUCACAUGAAGAAGAUUGUGAUGAUGCUGUAUACUUACCUCACCAUGCAGUGAUCCGAGAGGAUAAGGAUACUACCAAGGUCCGAGUUGUCUUCAAAGCUUCUUGUCCAGGAAGAAAUGGCAUCGCAUUGAAAGACGAACUUAUG